AUGCCCGAGGAGGUCAGCAAACCCGACACUCGCGUCCCCGUGACGGUGCUCACCGGGUACCUGGGUUCCGGAAAGACGACGCUCGUGAACCACAUUCUCACGGACAAGUCGCACGGGAAAAAGAUCGCGAUCAUCGAGAACGAGUUCGGCGACGUCGGCAUCGACGACGCGCUCAUGGCGAAGAACGCCAAGGCGCAGAUCGAGGAGGAGAUCGUCGAGAUGAUGAACGGCUGCAUCUGCUGCACGGUCCGCCAGGAUCUCGUCGUCGUUCUCAAGAAGUUCGCCGAUCGCGUCGCCGCGGGGACGCUCAAGCUCGACGCGGUGCUCAUCGAGACGACCGGCAUGGCCGACCCCGCGCCCGUCGCGCAGACCUUCUUCGUGGACGACGAGGUGGAAAAGUUUUUCCGCCUCGACGGCAUCGUCACGCUCGUCGACGCGAAGCACGUCGAGCAGCACCUCGACGACCCGAGGCCGGAGGGCGUGGAGAACGAGGCGGUCGAGCAGGUUGCGUUCGCGGAUCGCAUCAUCCUCAACAAGACCGACCUCGUGAGCGAGGAGGACCUGGACCGCGUCGAGAAGAGGAUCAAGACCAUCAACUCCUCCGUGUCCAUCGUGCGCACGUGCAAGAGCAAGGUGUCCACGGACUCCGUCCUCGAUCUCCACGCGUUCGACUUGAAGAAGACCGUGGAGAUGGACCCGGAGUUCUUGAACACCGAGAACGAGCACGAACACGACACGACGGUGAGCUCCCUCGCCGUCGUGGAAAAGCGACCGCUCGAUCUGGACUCGAUCCAGACGUGGGUGAACAAUCUCAUCGUCAACAAAGGUACGGAUUUGUACCGCAUGAAGGGCGUACUGAACAUCGCGAACUGCCCCGUGAGGUUCAUGUUCCAAGCCGUGCACAUGAUAUUCAACGGAGAGUUCGACGAGCCGUGGGGGAAGGACGAGCCGCGCGAGAGCAAGUUCGUUUUCAUCGGUAAAAACUUGGACCACAAGGAGCUGAGGAAAGGGUUCGAGGCGUGCAUCAUGACCCCGGAGCUCGCGGAGAACAAGCGAAGGUCGAUCAGGUUCCAGAUCGGCGAGAAGGUCCAGUGCAACACCCCCGACGGAUGGCAGACGGGGACGGUGGUCGCGCACCAGUACCGCGAGGACGACUUCCCGCCCGGGAUGACGGUGCCGUACCAGGUCGAGAUCGACGGCGGCGGCCUCGUUUACGCGCCGUACGACGACGACGACUUCAUUCGGGCGUCGCGCAAGUCUCCGAAGAGAGAGUGA